AGGAACUCCACUUCCCCGGGCAUUCUCCUCAACUUCUUCACCAUCAAUUGAUUCAUCAUGGCUGAUAUAACAGAUCCCACGACAAAUCCAUCGUAUCGAGUACCCGAGCUACAACAACACGAUCCUCCAAUUGAACCCGAUCACCCACCUCCUCCAACCAACGAUGAUAUUGCAACGGAUGAUGGUUACGAUUCAGCCGCGCCUUCCGCACAGUCGUCAUCUCUGGCUUCGAGCGUGCGCGAUUAUCAAUUCGAGAAUAGUCGACGAUAUCAUAAAUUUAAAGAGGAAAGAGAGGACAUGAAGCAUACGGUCGCGGUGCAUCUUCUUGGUGGGAAGUUGCAUAAUGCGCCUUUGGACCAUCCUCAGAAGAUCAUCGAUACUGGGACAGGAACUGGAAGUUGGGCAAUUGAUAUGGGCGACGAAUAUCCCAGCGCCGAAGUCAUUGGGAUUGAUCUCAGUCCCAUUCAACCACCGUGGGUUCCUCCCAAUGUUCGAUUCCUCGUCGACGACGCCGAAGCACCGUGGCUAUACUCAGAAAACUCGAUAGACCUUGUCCAUUUGCGCAACAUGUCCACGGCAAUCAAGGAUUGGCCUGCGCUGCUAGGCGCAUUAAAACCAGGAGGAUGGAUCGAGCUUCCUGAAUUCCGAUGGGUAUACGGAUGCGACGACGGAACACUACGUCCCGACUUUACCCCACCGCAAAUGGUAGCCAACAUUCGAGCUGCCCUCGCCAAGUCAGGCAUCGAGAUGCACGCUGCCGAGAAGAACCCCGAUAGACUGCACGACGCUGGGUUCGUCAAUAUCUGCCACGAGAUCAAGAAGGUGCCAGUCGGACCGUGGCCCAAGGACUCCAACCUCAAGAUGAUUGGACUCUAUAACAGGAGUGUCAUCUAUGAUGGUCUGUACGCAAUCACCAUCGGUCCCUUCACUCGAGCCUUGGGAUGGACGCCUGAAGAGGUUGAAGUCUUCCUCGUCAAGGUUCGAAAGGACUUGAAGGAUCCUUCGGUGCAUUCUUAUGUCCACUUCCAUUCGCUUUGUGCGCAGAAGCCUUUCCAGCCAUAG